CUUCCCCUUCGCUGUCGCAGUCUCCGACCAGGACAAUGACAGGAUAUACGAAUGCCUCACGGCGAUGAGGGUGUGGCUAAAACCGCAAGACAAGAAGGGGGUAUAUAUUUGGUUCUUCGGAGGGCAUGAUGGAACACCGAAACGAACUGUUGGCUUCUAUGUAUCCGAAGGAAGCAGCCCUGACACAUUCCGCUUCUCAGUGGACCAAGAGGACGCACCCUCAGAGGAGGCGAAGUUUUACUACACCGAUUACGACAACUGUGCUGUCCUCGACAUUCCUUACAAUGGACGUCAAUGCAUCCUGUGGACGAAAGACACAGUGAAAGAUUCCGUGCCCGAGAAAUGCAUGGAUGAGUUCAUGAAGAAUUGUGGCGUCGGCGCCCCACUUUACGACGAUGACCUUUGCAGUGGUGAUGAGGUCGCCAAAUGGUGAUG